AUGGGGCGCCGCGCCGCCCGAGGCCCCGGCCCCCCGCCCCGACCGGCCCCCGGGCCCGGGCUCCCAUCGCUGCCUCUGCUGCUGCCGCUGCUGCUGACGCUAGCCGCCCGUGGGGGCUGCGCCGCGCCCGCGCCCCGCGCGGAGGACCUCAGCCUGGGGGCGGAGUGGCUAAGCAGGUUUGGCUACCUGCCCCCGGCAGACCCCGCCACAGGGCAACUGCAGACCCAAGAGGAGCUAUCCAAGGCCAUCGCAGCCAUGCAGCAGUUUGGCGGCUUGGAGGCCACUGGUGUCCUGGAUGAAGCCACCUUGGCACUUAUGAAAACCCCACGCUGCUCCCUCCCGGACCUCCCCGCCUCAGCCCCAGCCCGGAGGCGGCGCCAGACUCUGGCCCCAACCAAGUGGAACAAGAGGAACCUGUCCUGGAGGGUCCGGACAUUCCCACGGGACUCAGCCCUGGGCCGAGACACAGUGCGGGCGCUUAUGUACUACGCUCUCAAAGUUUGGAGUGAUAUCACUCCACUAAACUUCCAUGAGGUGGCAGGCAGUGCCGCCGACAUCCAGAUCGACUUCUCCAAGGCUGACCACAACGACCGCUACCCCUUCGAUGGCCCUGGUGGUACUGUGGCACAUGCUUUCUUCCCUGGUGACCACCACGCUGCGGGGGACACUCACUUUGACGACGAUGAAGCUUGGACCUUUCGCUCCUCAGAUGCCCACGGGAUGGACCUAUUUGCAGUGGCUGUCCACGAGUUUGGCCAUGCCCUGGGGCUGAGCCACGCAGCUGCUGCAAACUCCAUCAUGCGGCCGUACUACCAGGGCCCCGUAGGUGACCCACUGCGCUAUGGUCUCCCCUACGAGGACAGAGUGCGCAUUUGGCAGCUGUAUGGUGUGCGGGAGUCUGUGUCCCCCACGGUCCAGCUGCACACUCCGGAGCCCAAGGAGCCUCCUCUGCUUCCAGAGUCCCUCGACAACCGGUCCAGCAUUCCGCCCCGGAAGGAUGCACCACACAGGUGCAGCACUCACUUUGAUGCGGUGGCCCAGAUCCGAGGAGAAGCUUUCUUCUUCAAAGGCAAGUACUUCUGGCGGCUGAACCGAGACCGGCACCUGGUGUCCUUGCAGCCGGCACAGAUGCACCGCUUCUGGCGGGGCCUGCCACUGCACCUGGACAGCGUGGACGCCGUGUACGAGCGCACCAGUGACCAUAAGAUCGUCUUCUUCAAAGGAGACAGAUACUGGGUGUUUAAGGACAAUAACGUAGAGGAAGGAUACCCACGGCCCAUCUCGGACUUCAGCCUCCCGCCAGGCGGCGUCGAUGCUGCCUUCUCCUGGGCCCACAAUGACAGGACUUAUUUCUUUAAGGACCAGCUGUAUUGGCGCUACGAUGACCACAUGCGGCGCAUGGACCCUGGCUACCCUGCCCAGAGCCCCCUGUGGAGGGGCGUCCCCAGCACGCUGGAUGAUGCCAUGCGCUGGUCUGAUGGUGCCUCCUACUUCUUCCGCGGCCAGAAGUACUGGAAAGUGCUGGACGGCGAGCUAGAGGCAGCGCCCGGCUACCCGCAAUCCACGGCCCGGGACUGGCUGGUUUGUGGAGACCAGCAGGUUGACGGCUCUGACACAGCGGGCACCACUGGGGCAGAUGGGGCCCACGCCCCACCCGGACAGCACGACCAGAGCCGCUCGGAGGACGGCUACGAGGUCUGCUCCUGCACCUCCCAGGCUUCCUUUCUCCCAGGGGCCCCAGGACUGCUGGUGGCCACCAUGUUACUGCUGCUGCUACUGUUGCCAAGCCUCCCAUGGACAGCGGCCCAGGCCCUGGCACUAUGA